AAUUUCAGAUUAAUUUGAAUGGGGGAGUGCAGAAGACUUUUUGAAUAUUUCGUUAUCGUUGGCUUGGAAGAUGGUGCUGAAGAUCUAGUACCUACAGCUCAGGAAUGUGGCUGUCGGAACUCAGCUCCCUUAGCCCCAAUUACUGAUAUCUGCGUGAUCUUCCCUAGUCUAGGCGAGACGGUUCCAGAUGGAUUUGAGCGUAUCACAAGUACACCGAUGGGAUACGCGGCUGAUCUGAACCACGGUUCAUUACGGACACCGUCAGUUUUUUUAUGUUUCCGCCGAGGGUAUCAUAAGCCACCUUUGGUCGACAUCGGUGUGCUGGAUGAGGGUCGUGGAGAAAAGCCAAUGCUUGACUCGAACACCGUACUUACGACUCCUUUCGGCCGUUCUGCCAAUGUUAACAAUGCCUCACCAGGUGUUUUCCUGACAUAUCGACGUGCACAAGCCAAUAGUGCACCAAGCCAACUUGUUGUUACUCAUAUCUGUGUCAUUUUAGCAAAUAAAGGAGAGGCAGCCCCACAUACUUACUAUAAAAUUCCAAAAAACUUGAACAAGGGCAUGGUUGGUUCUGAUGUAUUUCUGUGCUAUAAAAAAUCACAGGGGACAUCGAAACGAAUAGCUUACAAACCAGCAGUUCUGGAUCAUUUUCCUUCAGAUAACAAGUUUACAUUGGCUCAGAAUAUACCAAUGUUUUGCCUUCCAGUGGGUGCUCUAAUCGAAUGUUGGCCAGCAAGGUGUCAACCACCAGACAAAUCAUUCUCUACUUUCGUCCUCACUGAUCAGGAUGGAAGUAAGCUUUAUGGGUCGUCGGUUACUUUCUAUGAACCUUACACAAAGCCACUCAACAUGGAACAGAUGGAAAAAUUGGAACUGAUGAAUGAAACAGUUACGCGCGGGACGGUAGAGGAUGCCUCUAACAUCAAUGAUCCAGCUGAGCAGAUAACGUUCCACAGCAACAUGUCAAUUUGUAUCAUUUCAAAAUAUCCGUUUUUCAACGCGUUCAAACGAUUCUUAUUUUACCUUCAUCGUAUGUCUCUGUCAGGUGCACAUACUGUGCCCGUGGAACGUUAUAUUUCCCAUCUUCUUUACGAAGUAUCAUUUCCGUCACCACGGUGUCCACGCGUACUAGUUCAAUUGGGUAACGAAACCAUUUCAUUCGAAAACCAUGACGAUUCGCAGUUACCUCUGUCUGGAGCUGCUUUUUUCGAUACUCUGAAAUGCUUAGGACCACAAAAUUUGAUGUAUUUGAUGCUGCUUGCGUUACUGGAACAAAAAAUAUUAGUUCAUUCGUUGCGUCCUUGGCUACUGACCGCUGUUGCGGAAAGUGUCUGUGCAUUGAUGUUCCCAUUUCACUGGCAAUGUCCCUACAUUCCUCAAUGUCCGCUUUCGCUUGCUGGUGUGCUUCAUGCUCCACUUCCAUUUAUUGCUGGUGUUGAUUCCAGGUAUUUCGAUCUCUACGAAGAUCCACCGUCUGAUGUAACUUGCUUCGAUCUUGAUACUUCAACAAUUAGUUUCUCUUCCAUCCGACAAACGUUGAAACUUAGUAUGCUUCCGAAGAAAGCUUCACGACAACUUAAAAACAGCCUUGAGCAGCUUCAUAGACGACUUUAUCAAGAAGAAUUCAAUGUAAUUGCUUUACGAAAAAAUAUGGAUUUCAUGCCCCUGGAUAUUGAUUAUGAUAUACAACGUAAGAAAAAGAUGCUUGAAAUCAGCGUUCAGGAUGCGUUUCUUCGAUUCAUGGCUUCUUUGAUGCAAGGAUAUACUGCUUACCUUAGACCUAUUCGUUGUGCUCCGCUUUGUGUGGGCGCCACUGAUACGGGCUCACUAUUUGACCUCGAUGCCUUUCUUCGCUCUCGUGAUAAAUCAUCGUUGGAAUUUUUUAAACGCUUCAGCGAAACACAAUCGUUUAAUCGUUUUAUCGAGGAGCGGUCAUUUGUUUCUGACAAAAAUACUUAUAACGCUUUCUUUGAUGAAUGUAUUGCAAAAAUUUCCCAAAGUGAUAAUCGUUCAUCGAAUGAUUCACUUUUGGAAUAUGAGAUGUCAGCGAGUUGUCAGACGGAAUUCGUUCCUCCUCCAGAAUCUACUUUCAACUCGGAUGGCCAAGAAUUGACCUACAAAUAUGAAUAUUUCCCAAGGCAACUUGAACCAGCGUUGUUCCAGCUUGAAAAUUUACGCAAAAUGAGUAUCGAAAUGAAAGGCUCAGCUGCUAGUAUUGAUUGUUUGGAGAGUGCUCUGAUUCGUACAAAACAAGAGGCUCGAAGUGCCGUUGAAACAGCAGUAUUAAAUGCCCGACAUUCACCAAUCACGUGGCCAAAGACUUUGCUUUUUUAUGCAUACUCGAUCUGGUUCAUGCUGCUACCUUCACUUGUUCAUCUUGCAAAGUCAAAAGUAAAGAUUUUGCGACUAGCACUUCAUGUUCUGGAUAGAAUGGAAUAUUCAGGCGUUCUACCGCUCGAUCAGGUCUGCUACCGCAUUGUAAUACAGUUAUGUGGCGAUUUUGGGCAUCCCAUUCUUGCUGUUAAAGUCUUUCAAGCAAUGCAGAGAAGUGGUAUGGAACAGAAUGCAGUGACGUAUGGCAUCUAUCAUCAAGCAGUUCUGAAAGGCGGUUGGCCAGUGGGUGAUCGAGUUGAAGCUGUAAGAGCAUGGAAUCGUUUAUCAAUCGUAGUGCGAGCUGUCUCAUUAUUUAAAAUGAAUUUGUCGCUGGCUUCAAGUCGUCGUUCCUUGCAGUUUGGUUCGAUAUCUACUGCUGACAGUUGGCCACAUAGUGAGAAUGCAUCAUCUGGUAGUGUAGCGAAAGAAUUUGAACCGUCCUCUAAUGAGAUGCCAACAUCAGCUGCUGUGGAUGAAGGUGAAUCGAUUCUCGACCAGUCAUCGCAGUUGGAGAAUACCGCAGUUGCAUUCUCAGAAGGGAAUAAUUCAAGUGACUCAUUAAUCGACCCAUUGGGGGCUGUGAAUAUGCCGCAGAAUUUAUCGACAGCAACACCAAAACAAAUCGGUGAAACGAUGAGUCCAAGUCGAUUGCGAUUCAUAAAAGAGCACAGUACCUCGCCAUUUGCUAAUGAGCUGCUGCAUGAUGGAUCGGUGGAUUCGAGACUGAAUGAAAAAUCGAAUUCAUGGCUUCGAGGCUUAACAAGCAGUCCAAUUGUCAGCAAACUUAUGCGCAGCAAUACUGCAAGCAAUUUUGACUCGCCUUUUGACAAAAAUGAUUCAUCGCUCACAUUAUCACCGAGUUUGGCAUCUUUGGUCAAUCAAAUGAAAAAAGGUUACGAUGAUGUAUUACAAGCUGGAAGUUUGUCAUCACGUCUGCGUGAAGGAGUCAACACUUUGGUAAAUGAAGUCCGCAGUUUAAAUCGUUCCUAUGCAAAGGAUGGGGGCGAAAGUACUCAUAGCUCACUGCGUGAAAUUAAUGAACAAUCGGAUCAGCAGCUACAUCUAAAUGACCCGUUGUUUCAAUUGGAUUCUGGCUCACAUUGUUCACUGCUCCCAUCAGACUGGUGGUUAGCCGACCAGAUUUUUGCUUCCGCUUCAACUCCACACGAACUCAUCGAUGUUGCGAUCUCUUCCGCUUCACUCUGCCCUGCUUGCAGAAUGGUUGUAUAUGAUGAAGACCUGAUGUCCGGAUGGACAAUCGACGAAUCAAAUUUGAAUACAAGUUGUGUCUAUUGUGAAUGUGCUUUUGUUCCCUCGUUGACUAUUAAAAUUCAUCCGCGAGAAAUGCCGGUAGAAAGUAGUUGGUAUUUGCCGUCGUCCUUUGCUGCUGAAGCUUCAGAUGAUGACAAUAUGUCGCGUUGUAAUGGCGAUAACGAAUCUAUAGCCAGUCAGCUCUCAGUCCCAUUUCUAAGUCCACUUGUUUUGCGUCGUGAGUUGGAAAAUUUAUUAAGCGGAAAUUAUUUGCUUCCUGUAUAUUCGUCACUGAAGCACUCUAAUCCCAUUGUUUUCUGGAACGUUCUUUAUUAUUCUCGUCGCUUGUCUUUACCUACGCAUUUUCCUAGCUGGCUUGGUCAGUCAGUUCAUAUACGAUGUGUUUAUGACGUACCAAUUUUGCAUACAGAAUUCACACCACUGUUUUUCGUAAACCCGUCACACAAGGAUGGUUUAUUACCAAGCAGUGAGCGUAGUAUUAGCAUAUGGCGACAUGUAAUCGCCGCUGUGCAGCAAUCCAGCAUUCUUCGGGCACUACAGGUGAUUUUAUCUGAGAACCGCAGCGUCACUGAUAGCGGCAGAUUCCCGCGUCGAUUCCCGUUGUUCAGAGACGUUCAGUUUGUGGCAUUAGACAAAUAUGGUAGCGCAGUUGAUCGCGACCAGUUGGAUGAGCAAUAUCGUUCCGACUUUGAACGCCUCCCACCUCGGAUUCUGCUACUCUUGCCUUGUUCUGACUAUCCUCCCAAAAGCCUUUCCAGGAUUUGCCGAAAAAUCUUUCUACCGCUUGAUGUUUUCUAAGUAUGUUUUGUGUAUACUUGUCCUUUUCUUCAAGCGGUUUUCUAGCUUCAUCUUCCGCAUAACUGUUGAUCGUCACUUUUUUGCAUUUAUUGUGGAAUUAAUGAUUGCUGAAAGUUGAAUGUUGCGGGUCAAUAAUAAUAAUAAAAGAAUGG